AUGGCACCGUGGCCCCGCGCACUGGACAACAUUGGUGCGUCGCAAUCGCCAGCCGCAACGCCGCCCGAAGUUGAUAGCGGCAGCCUUGACACAUCUUACACCCGCAUUCCCGAUGGGUUGACCGAUCACCAGUGGACGAUUAUUCAAUCAACCUCGCUUGCUGCCGCUGCAUUGAGUUUUGCAUCUGUUACGUUCGCCUUUUACUGGUUUUCUCGCAGGAGACGAAGCUUCAGACAUGAUCUCAUCAUGUUGCUCAUGUCGAGCGACAUGCUCAAGUCGCUGUGGUUCAUCAUAUUCCCGAUUGUCGACUUCAAGAGCGGGCCAGUUGCGUCAAACUCGUCUUUUUGCCAGGCGAGCGGCUUCUUCCUUGCAGUCGGCAUAGAAGCGUCCGACAUUGCCGUCGUUCUCAUCGCGCUACACACAGCCAUUUACAUCUUCCGACCGCGGCAUUCUGGGCGCCAAAGUGGCUUAUAUCCCCACCGACGCCUUGCCUUCAGCGCUUUCGCAUUCUUCCCACUUUUGAUGGCCUCAUUGGCCUUCAUUAACUGGCCCGGCUACGUCAACAACGGGGAGUAUUGCUAUCUACCCGCCCGGCCUGAAUGGACAAGACUUGCCCUGAGCUGGGUUCCCCGCUACAUGAUUUUGCUCACUAUUGUCGCGCUCUACGCCUACAUCUACAUCUACGUCACUCUGCGCAUGCGGCGCUUCGGUCGACUCAGUGCUAUGCGACGGGCGAGUGCAACUCAUAUGCUAGACGAUGGGCACUGGGGUCAUAUUGCCUCGGUGCCAGCCACUCCGACAUCCCGUCGUGGUUCCGAAACCUCAAUGGAAGACUCGGAACGGCGACGUGCCUCUUCUACAAACACCACCAUGACGGCUGAGAUCGAGCUUCUCCACAGUCGGCAGAAGAUCCAAUGGAAUUGGCCAAGCUAUGGAAACGCAGAGGAUGGACGUAUCCCCGAACCCAAUGACGACGUCUCACCGCGUGCAUUCGAGCCCAGCACGAGUCCUCUUUCCACCACCUUUGAGCCCAUUUCUCCUCCUCCUCAAAGCUAUAUACGCCGCGAUACAAUCGACUUAAACCCGCCUCAGGCGCAUUUUAACCAGGGAGGGAGCUUCAGCACACACUGGCAACCACCCAAUAGCCCCACAAACGCCCGAGCCAAGUCUCUUGCCAACAUCUGGUCCAUCCUCCGUCGAGGCACAUCCCUCGACUCUGACACGGACCAUAACAAUACUCCUUUCCUCUACCAUCCUACCAUGGACGGCACGGGAAUGGCAAAGACCCGCGACAAGAUUCGUCGCCAACUGCGAUUGCUUUUUGUUUACCCACUUGUAUACAUACUCAUCUGGGCCGUUCCGUUUGUCGCUCAUGUUAUGCGCUGGGACAACCCAGAGCAAGCUGGCCCGUUUGUGGUUGUGCUUUUAUCGCUAGUGAGCCUGUCAAUACAGGGCCUAGUAAACGCAUGUUUGUUUUGUGCUGUAGAGAAGCCGUGGAUUGAUACGCAGGCCAGAUACAUGAGGACGCCGUCAAAACUACGGCGGGAUAAAGACGAAGCCCGGCAACGGACCGGAAGGAGGACAUCAUCAUUAGCGUAG